UGCCUUGGCCCGACAGCCCUUGGCCGCCCACACCCCGCCCCACGCGCCCGCGCCAUCCGAACUGCGCUCCGCUGUGCGCGAGCCAGCACGCGGCGGCCGCGGCGGCCAUGGCUCGCGACGGGAGCGACGUGCCCCUCGUGACGCCGCAGGAGUCCGCGGAGGAGCUCCCCGGGGCCCCUGGCGCCGCCGGCCUGCCCUGCCAGGAGGGCGGGCCCCCGCCGGGCGCCGCCGGGCGCGCGCGGCGGGGCCUCUGGGGCGGCGGGCUCCUGUGCGCCCUGGGCGGGGCCUGCGUUUGGCUCGCGGGCCGCCCCGGCCGCGGCCCGCUGCGGUCCUGGGUCCAGGGCGCCUCCGGGCUCGAGGGCGAGGCGGGCCAGCCCGGCGAGGAGGCCGCGCGCGGGCUCCCGGGCGAGGAGGCCGAGGGCGGCGAGGCCUCGGAGAGGCUCGCACUCGUGACCGCGGCGAAGGUCGACUGGAGGGGCGCCACCUGGGUCAGGGGCGGCGACGGGGAGAACUGCGAGGACGCCUGCGAGCGCUUCGGGCUGACCUGCUACGAGAGCGAGGACUCGUGGCCGCAGCAUAAGGCCGAUGUCUCCCACAUCGCCGAGGGGCUGGGCCUCGAGUGCAGAGACCACGUCUCCGCGGAGAACACUUACGACCCCUUCGUCGCAGGGCCAUUCUGCUCCUUCGGGCCCUGGAAGCCGCCGAACGUGUGGGCGGACUGGCGGCCCCGCAACGUGCGCUCGUGCAAGGCGGCGCCCCCGAGGGCCACGACGCGGCUGUGCUCGUGCGUGCAGGAGAUCCCGCCGAAGGGGUGCCAGGAGUGCAGCAGGGAUUGCUGGCAGACCGGCAGCUGCUGCAAGGCCGAAGAGGACGGGUGCUCGCAAGACCCGAUGCUAGACAAGCAGCACCCAGACUACACUUGGUGGGGUGCCGCCGUGAACUGGGAGUGGGCCGGCGUCGUGCCAGACUCGAAGUGGAUGGAGAACGUGACGUCCUACGAGGACCUGCCUGUGCUGUGGAACGCCACGACGGACCACGUCAAGCCGCUUCGCAUCAAGGUACUGACCUACAACCUAUAUUGGUGGAACCUCUUCGACAAGAACGGCGGCAGUGACGGCGCCGCUGGCAAGCUCGUGGCCGAGUCGGGCAGCGACACGCCUUACGACUUGAUGGCCUUCCAGGAGUGCGAGAACAUCGGCUGGGUGCUCGGAGACGCGGGCCUCUCGGACAGUUACGACCACUUGGAGGAAUUCUACUCCAUGUGCGUCGCGUGGCGGAACGAGACCUGGAGGAGGCUCGACUCGGGCCACGACGCGGUGGCGACCGACGGCGGCUGGGUCAGGAACAACAAGUGGGGCGACCGCUGCAUGUCUUGGGUCCGGCUCGAGCACAGGGAGAGAGGCGACAGGGUGUUCUUCGCCAACCACCACGGCCCCUUGCCCAUCAACUCCGGGGGCGAGGCUGGCGGCCUUGCCACGGCGCAUAACCUCCUGGCCACCAUCAAGACUCACGCCGAGGAGGGCGACGUAAUCAUUUUCACAGGGGAUUUCAACUCCGACUACCGGUCCGCCACCGUCAAGAUGGUGAGCACCAGGCUGACCCUGGGCUACCACGGGGAGUCUUUCGGAGGCAUCGACAACAUCUUCGCCAACACGGGGAAUGCGAGCUUCUCAGAGAGGAGGAACCUCGGAGGAGCUGGCAGCGACCACGACGCCCUCACGGCCACCGUCGUGGUCCCGACGGGCGCCCGCGCCGUCACGGCGCUGGCCGCAGGGGCGCGCAGGGAGGCGGUGGCGGCGCGACGGGGCCACGAUGGCCUCGGCGCGGCGCGGAACGCCACGGCGCACAAGGCCACGGCCUCGGGCCACAAGGCCACGGCGCGCAAGGCCGCCACUGCGCGGCAGGCGGCGGCGGCACGACGGGGCCAUGAUGGCCUGCCUGACAGCAGAGGUCUCGGACAGCAGAAGGGCGGCGCCGGUCGCGCCGCUGUCUUCGCCGCGCCUGUCGGGGUGAUGGCCAUCGCCCUGUGGGGCUGAGCCGCGCGAGGCGCGCCCAAUGGCGGCCUGCGGCGGCUGGGUUAGCUGGCCUGGCUCGCCUGCCAGCACAUCCCGCCACGGCCCUGCCGCACACCGGUCUGGCGCCCGCGCCGCGGUGAAGGAGCGCUUCUCUGGCACCUGCGCCGCUCACCAGAAGGCGGCGGCGGAGGCGGCACGGUGCACCUGUUUAUCUCGGCCUGCGGUCUGCUUGUGACCGCAUUCUGUUAAUGCCACGCGCGCCACGACGCCACGUAUGCGUUGUGUAAUUCGUACGCUCCGUAUUAUCAUCCGCGGGCGACUCGUGUGCAUUGUAACACGUUCGCGUCUACCGAGGCGACGUCGAUCCUCGACACAGGAAUGCUACAGUGCAUAGUGGUUUGGCCUUGAGAGGCGAACAACUGUGCACCUGACCACGCUGGACAGGGGCGCCGCUCUCGUGCAUCGAGCAAUUUGAUUGUGUAAGCUGGGAAUUCGCCGAAUUCGCAGCGGCUGCGAGCGCAGGCCGCUCACGUAUUGUCCAGGGCUUGUCCCUGCCCCUGUAUUGUAACCGUUGUAGCCUGGGUGGACCAAAUAUCGGUUGUGCGCAUUUGGGGAAAUGAAUCGGCGCCACUUAUAUUCGCACAUCUUCGUAGCUUAAGAUUAGUUCGGUUUUGACGCUGUCGGCAUGACCUUGAGGAGAGUAGUAUACUGUUCAUGGUGGACACGGGCGCCG